AUGCCCCUCAACCCAACCAAGCACCACCGCAACGAGUCUUACCCCCGAGCAUCCAUGCUCCCCCCAGGCCCCUCCUCGACCUUCCAACAAAGCCAAUACCAUAACCCAACCCAGCACAUGUCGAGCUCCACUAGCGGCUCCGUCUCCAUGUCCGCUGCGAAAAGCCGGCAAUACGCCCAUCUGCAGACGCAGUUGGCGCAAUUGAAUGCCAAUCUGGCGGAUACGCAGAAUUUGCUUCGCAUGACCGCUGUGCAGGCGGGAGAUAUCCGGUUUUUAGGUGGUUAUAUGGGGGCCUUGUUUAUGGGGAGUGCAAAGGUGUUGGGGGAAGAGGGGGUGAAGGGGAAGAGUGGCGCUGGGACUGGGAUUGGGGAGGGAGAGGGAGAGGGAGAAGCGGUUGUGAAGAAGGAGGAAAGCGAGGAGGAUUGA